UUUGAGAGUUCUGGAAUUGAAACAUUCGCUUUCCUCUCUUCUGCUUCUUCUUCCAUCAACGUUGGAGCUCUUCUUCUCUGUGAAUUUCCUCUCAUUCUUCUUCUUCUUCUUCCUUCCAUACACUAUUUUCUGUUUCUCGAAUGGCCGUUUGAUUCUUUACUCUCAGUUUCUCGCUGGUUUCAAGCCAAUGUGCCUUUGAGGUCACUCUCUCCCGGAUGGUAUUGUUUUGGAUUUAUUGUUGUAGGUAUUUCGUGUGAAUUUGGAUUGCGCGCAUGCUCUGUUGUUGUUUUUUCUUCAUCAAACUUAUUUCUCUAAAGAACUGUUUGAGUUUAGUGCAUUUGGCAGUGUAGGGAUCGGCAGUAUUGCUGUCUGGUUCUUAGGUCAUCUGCUGCAUUUUUAACGUUCUAGUGUUGUUGUUUUUUAUUUAAAGAUUGUUUAUUGAUCGUUAUCCUUAUGCUUAUUUAAUUUGGUGUCAAGCGAGGGCUAGGGUUUUAUGGUGUCUUGUGCAUGUACCUGGAAAAGCCGAAGCUAUAAUUUGGUUCUCAUUGUACACAAUACCCUGUAUACGAAGGCAUUUUUUUCCCCCAAGUCACAUAAUUACCCUGUAUUUUUCUUAAUUCUUUGUUUCUAUUGUAUGUAUUAUAGUUUUGGAAUUGACAGCAUUUCAUUCAGCGAAUGAAUGGUGGCUAAUAUGAAAAACACUGCUCAUGGGAUUGUACCAGAGUAUGGUGCAAUUUUUAUGUCAAAUAGUAUGACUAUAACAGAAUGCUUCGAAAGGAAGUUAUUUGGUCUUCCAUGUUGGCUAGGCAACUUUGUACUACAAAUUAAAUCUGGGAUGAUUUUAUUUCUGUUUGAAUACGAGAAUAGAGUACUUCAUGGUGUAUUUCAGGCAGUUUCAGAUGGUGCAAUGAACAUUGUGCCCCAUGCUUAUAGCUCAUCAGGGCAGCAAUUCCCUUUCCAGGUUACGUUCUCCAUACUUUGGUGCUGCAAUCCCCUUUCUGAAGACCAAUUUCAAAAUGCCAUAAAAGAAAAUUACUUUUCAACAAAGAAGUUCAACUUUGGGCUGUCUAAAGUUCAGUUAAGCAGUGAUUCAUUUGAGCGUUCAAGUGAUCUCUUACUUGAUGGAAGUCGAAGUGUUGCUGAUGGUAAUGGGCUUAUGUUGAAUGGGAGUUUACAAGAGAAGCUAAUAAAGGGUGAAGACCGAGUUAACACUAUGCAGGAAAAUGCUACUCUUUCCCAUUAUAAUAUCAGAAAUGGAAUUCCUUCCGCAGACAAUUCUAUACAUUGUUCUCAUACGGAUACUAGAAACCUUGCAUGUAAUUCAGGUUUCCUAAGUUAUGCUCAAAUCACGAAGCCCAGCCGCUACAGCCAAUUAGACUGCAUGACUAGUAUGCCUUUCCAAUCGUCUGUAAAUUUAGAAAACAUUACAGGUCCUUCUGUGAUUCAAAGUCAAAUAAAUUUGUCAUGUUCUGUUCCUAGCUUACUUUCUUUGCCUACACGAGAGUUCGAAAAUGAUGGAGGCUUGAGUAGGUCUAUCAUCACUAGCGAGUACCCUUCCUAUGGACUCAAAGAUACCCUUUUCCCAUAUCAGAAUGAGCAGGGCUUAGCAAGGCAGGAAGUUAUGGAAGCAUAUUAUGAGCAUGUUCCUAAGACAAGAGAAUUUCCCUGUCAAUUGCCUUUUGAUUCUGUUGAAGUUUCGAGGAUGCCCUCAAUUGUGCAUACAGCAGUGAACCAUGGACAUGAAUGCCAUGGAUCUAAUGGAGGCAUGCAUUCUGAUUGUGAAAGAAAGAGCAGCGUGUUUUCUCGUUUAGCCUAUCCAUCUGAUGCAAGUGUACAAGAAUUUAAUGACUAUGACCAUGAGAAGGUUUCUAUGGAUCCAUCUAAUGAUGAAAUUAGGUCUAUAUUGCAACGACAUCACUGUCAAAGGAAGAAGACUAACCACGAAGUGAGAAGUCCAGAGCGCAAUGUUGGCAGGAAAUUUGUGAAGAAAAAAUUGACAAAAUCUUCUGUUAGUUCAUAUGGUAGUAAUUGCUUUCGAGUUUCAGAUAAACAUGGGACAAAAAAUGAGGACAGUACAGAUUGUAACACUAACCAUAUUGCUGGAUCAUUUGUGGAUUUCAAGCGGCGAAGAAAACAAUGCAAAGUUGGGGCCCGUGUCCCAACUGGAGGGAAAAAUGUGAAUGUUGGAAGUGUUCAGUUGUCAGGUGUUCAACAGAAAAGAAGAAAGUUGAUUCGACCAAAUUUUGCCGAUAAUGAGUUGCGUGAUUCUGGGGAUGCCAAUAAUGUUUCCCAAAGUUUAGAUAGUCUCUUACAAGGGAAAGCUAGUAUGAUCAUAUGAUUGAGAUGGACAAGACAGAGAAAUUAUGUCCCGCUGUCGAAUUGCCAGAUAUUAUUUGGCUGGUCGAUGAUGAAGACAAGAAUAUGGGUAGCGAAACUGUAGCAACAGAUGAGGACGAUUACGGGUCUAAUAGAAAUGGUUCUGAAGAUUGGAUAGCAUCCUCAAAUUAUACCUCCAAAGAUCUUGGAGUGAACGAGAACUGUCGUCUUACUCAUAAUUGUUCAACUUCAGAGGAUCACACGACCUUUCAAAAUCUGAAUAAUUCUGGUUUAUGUAGUUGGCAAGAACUGUCCUCGGAAGGUUCUGAACUAAAUGCUGGGAAUAGUUUUAUAAGGUUUAAUGAAGUCAGCAACAAAUCCAAUGCAAAGGAAUUAAUUGAAAGCUCGAAAAUGGUCGAACCAUAUCAAGGUUAUUACGCCGUGACAGAAAGCCCAAGCCCUCUGAACUCAGCUUCAGAAAGUGCUCCUAAAGAAGUGAUUGAGAGAAGAAAUCAACAUAAUGAAAAUGAAGAGCGUUUACACCCGAAACUGAACUACGAUGAUCCGGGAUGUUUCUUUUGACGUGUUUUUACUAUGAUACCUUUUUUGUUUUAAUCAAAAUACUAUGAAGCUUUUUGUUGCAACAGUGAUAUUGCAAAUGCUACUUGGAAUUGGCACAUGAAUAUGGCGGCAAGCCACAUCUCUGAUGAAUUAAAGAGCGGACAGACUUCACAGGUAUUUGUCUUUUGUAGAAGUUAGUGUUUUGUUCUUCCUGUGGGGGUCGGUGGUGUAUAGAACUCUCAAGUCAUCAUGAAAUGUACUGACAUAGGGAAGCUUAGAUUCGAACGGAUGGUCGGUGCUGUUUUUUUCUAACUGUCUCAUGUUGGGGGAUUCAUUAGCCCCUCCUUUUUUGUAUAGAAUCUGGUUUUGAAAACAAAUUUUCAGCUUUCCAUCCCAAAAAA